AUGGAUAUCUGCAAGGCCGCAUCAGAGGGGCAUGCAAAUAUCGUGCAACUCCUUCUUGACCAAGGGGCGGAUGUCAACGCCCAAGACGGCAAGAAUGGGACUGCUCUCCAGGCCGCCGCAUUGGAAGGGCACGCACAUAUAGUGCGACUGCUUCUCGACCAAGGGGCGGACGUCAACGCUCAAGGCGGCUGGUAUGGAACUGCUCUCCAGGCCGCCUCUUUGAGAGGACACGGAGAGGUUGUGCAGAUGCUUCUUGACCAAGGCGCAGAUAUCAACGCUCGAGGUGGCGAGGAUGGAACUGCUCUUCAUAGCGCUGCCUUAGGAGGGCACCCAGAGAAUAUUCGACUCCGCCUUAAACGAGGUGCGGACGUUAACGCCCAAGGCGGAGAGGAUGGAACGGCCCUCCACCGCAAGAAGUUUGCUAGACCGCCAAUUAAGUCGGGCUUCGAGAACACGAUGUGGCGGCCAGAUGCCAUGCGCGAGUACGGGCCACACAAAAAGAAGGAGAAGUCCUCCCUGUCACCAGAACAGGAAUCAAGACGAGAUGAGGCUCUGUAUAAUGAUGUUCCCUCACCCCCGGAGUUUGAAGAAGGUACGUCAUCGACAUUCCCAAAAAAAGAUGGAACUGCUCUCCACGCCGCCGCCUUAGGAGGUCACACGGAGACUAUUCGACUCCUUCUUGAACGAGGUGCGGACGUCAACGCCCAAGGUGGAGAGGAUGGAACGGCCCUCUACGCCGCCGCGUUAAGAGGACAUACGGAGACUAUUCAACUCCUUCUUGAACGAGGUGCCGACAUCAACGCCCAAGGUGGAGAGGAUGGAAUGGCCCUCUACGCCGCUGCAUCGAGAGGACACACAGAGACUGUGCGACUCCUUCUCGACCAAAGCGCGGACUUCAACGCUCGAAAUGGCGAGGAUAGAACUGCUCUCCAUGCCGCCGCCUUAGGAGGACACACGGAGAUUGUACUACUGCUUCUCCUACAAGGCGCGGACGUGAACGCCCAAAGUAGCGAGGAUGGAACUGCUCUCCAGGCCGCCGCUUUAGGAGGACACACGGAGAUUGUACUACUGCUUCUCCAACAGGGUGCAGACGCUAACGCUCAAGGCGGCCAGAAUGGAACUGCUUUCCAGGCCGCUGCAUCACAGGGCCAUACAGAGAUUUUGCAGGUAAUCUUGAGCAGACAAGGGUACACGACCCCGAUCACCGAGGAAAAUCUCAAGGCAAUUUUGAACAAUUCAAAUGCGCUCCAGCUGAUGACCUCGAUUCUCGCGUAUCAAGCCGAUAAAAUCAUUAUCACAGAGGAAGUUCUGAUGGCAGCCGCGCAAAACCCGAGGGGAGUUCAGUUGAUGGCCCUUUUGCUAGAGAGCAGUGCCAAAAUCUCGGAAGAAUACAUCUGGGUACGGGAUCUAGAGAAGGUCGGUUAUAGCUACCAGGAGAUUAUUGAUCUUCUUCUAGAAGAUAGGAAUGAUUCUCCUUGGUUUUCUUUCGAGUCAACCUACUCCCCCGACGUCAAAGUUCAGCCUGGUCGACAUGUUCAGGGUUGUUGUCACCAGAUUUCGCCAUACGAAGCAAGGCCAAUGCAAAUUUUCGAUCCCAAAUUUGAAAACGAUAUAACAAAUGAUCAUCAUGAAAUAAUCCUUCAGAUCCAAGAGUUCUGUGGUUUGGCUGGAAUAAAGCCAACCACGCCAAGGGUGACCGAGUGGGUUGGAUACAUUGAGUUCAAUAAGGUUCAUCAGGUACUUACGGUGUCAUAUACCCUGCCAACGGAAGGAAGCAACCCGCCCGAUGUUGGAACAAUAUGGUCUCGCAUCUCUCGAGCUCUGGAUGGACUUUAUCACGCUGUUGCUUUAAUGCAGGCAAACAAUCUUUGCUGCAAUUCCUUCACAGUUCUCAAAUCAGGGUUCCAAGGCCACGAACCGUCUUCGUCAUCUCUGGUAGAAAUUAUUUCUGUUUCUUUCAAGUCAGUUUUGGUCCUUAUUGAGGAGCUGCAAAACGUCAUAAACCCAGCCUCUAAGCUCUCUGACACUAGAAAGCUUCUAUCUGCAUCCACGGCAAUCCUCGGACUCAUUUGGCAAGAAAUACCGGAUGCUCCAGGUGACUCUAGCAUGGAGUGGUCCCUUCAUGUCUGUGCGCUAGCAGUCCAAUUUCUCUGCCUUGGCUUUCUAUCAUACAGUCAAGCGCAUAUCGAACCCCUUCGACCUUUUUUCUUAGAUUUCUUCGCCCAGCAAGUGAGACUGAUGGGCCUUCACAGGGACGCGACCUAUCCGUUUUUGGUAGCAGAACUUGUCAAUCUCACUUGUUUAGGUAACAUGACCCGUGGGAAAGUCUUGUUAUUCCGUGCCAGCAAAGAUCCAUUACAGAAACAAUCCUUGGAGACUCAAAGCCAACAAGUAAUCCAAAAGCAUGACGUCUUGGGCCAUACCGAAAAUAUACUGGAUACAUGGGGACCCGGAAACCUGAUACUUCGAGGAGACGGAAGUCGCGCUCCUGUGGCCAUAAAAAUUGGAGAUGGCUUUAUUUUCGCUCAUGAAGGUGCAAAAUUUCAUUGGAGCCAGCAAAUGCCUGGUAUCGAGGGUUUGAGGUCGAUUGAGAUGGAACAGUCACUUUUGAUUGGCUCUUUGGUCGCAGUAAAUGCUGCCUGUAAACCUAUCGAAGCUGAUUCCCGCAUUAUAUCAGCCAAUCUUUUGGAAGAACUCGGAACAAGCCGUUCUCUCUGGCAAAAGUCGCAACGACAAUUAGGCAUCCAAGGGGGCCAGUAUGUUGUUUGCCAAGCCACUGAAACUUGGAAUAAACAAACAGGCAUCCCGGUGAAAGACAGAGCGCUCUCAUAUCCGUCCGAAGUGCUUAUUCAAUACCUCGAUUACUAUUGGGGAGUCCAAGUGAGCUACUGCACUGGAGUAGCCAAGAGAGUCCGUUUAAGAAAGUUGGUGGCAGAUUUGGUACAGCAUUUCUCUGCCGGAUCGGCAUUCAACUUUGAUACUCUCGAAGCCAAAAUGAAUGACGAGACGCUACGACCAAAGGACCUUCAGAUCUGGCUUAGCAGCCUGGGCCCAGACAUACGCGCAGAACUUCUAAAUAUCAUCUGUGAUAUUUUGAAUACUCUUCGACACACCGGACUAGACAGCACGGAGACAUACUUUUGUGUUGCCUGGCCAUUCGAGGGUAACAUCACUCAAUUCUCAUGA